AUGUCCCCCGGACACAAACCUAUCCGACUGCCCCCCCUCAAAACCCUGCGCGUGCACAACCCCAAGCGCCAGACGGAAAACCCCUGCAUCGCCAUCAUGUCCAGCGUCCUCGCGUGCUGGGCCUCGGCGGGCUACAACGCCAGCGGAUGCGCCGCCGUCGAGAACCAGCUGCGUGCGUGUAUGGACGGGCCGGCCCCUCCGCCUGCGCCGGCCAACACGGUCAACUACCACCUUUCUCGGAUGCAAAAGUACGUGUUGAGCCCGCGGAAGCAGAAAUAA